UUCGUCUUUCAUCCAGACCAACAAGAAGAAGAACACAACGCAAGGAAGAGAACAUAUAAUAGCAGAGAGAGGAAGCGCCAAGAAGGAAGACACUGUGACUAAUUACCCUUUUCCACACACAAUUCCUCUCACCACCAAUCACACUUCUCGAUCUUCGCUUCUUUUCACGCUUCAAAUUCGCAACGCCACCUACGCUUUUCUCUCCGAUCUGUUGUCUUCUUUCUUUGCUUUUCACGGGUUUUCAAUUGGAGCAAGGAUUAAAGAGAGGUGAAGCAUCUGCAGCAUGAGCAUCGAUAGCCCCGGGCAAGGGGACAGUUAGGGUUUCGAGCUUCUGAACUCGAGGGUGAGAUUUCCAUGGGCGAUGGAGGCGUCGCACGCAUGCCUUUGCAGUAUAUUAUGGAGAGGUUGCCGAAUGCCGAGAAGACGCUUUGCGGAGCCAAGAGUGGGAAUGGCUACAAUUCUAAGUUGCUCAAGUUUUCUGACAGCGAGAGGAGGAAGAUGAAGGCAAGGAAGAGUGAAUUGGGUUUGGACAGAGUGAGCAAGAGAAGUAACGAUGUUGAGAACGGUGAAGUGUUUGUGGAGAAGGAGGAAGUGGAAGAGGGUGAAUUGGGCACUCUGAAGUGGCCCAGAAGUGACCUGGAAAAUGGAGAGUUUGUGCCGGAGAUGCCGUCCAGGAGAAGCGAGAUUGAGAAUGGAGAGAUUGUGAGUGAGAAGUGGAAACCAAGGGAGGUGGUGAAGGGCGAGAUUCACUCUGGCAAAUGGAGAAAAGAGGAUGUGGAAAGAGGGGAGAUUGUUCCUGACAAGUGUAGGAAAGUAGAAGCUGAGAAAGGUGAGUACGGGUCAUGGAGAGGUGUAAAGGAUGAAAUUGAGAAGGGAGAAUUCAUUCCAGAUAGAUGGUAUAAGGGAGAAAUGGGCAAAGAUGACUAUGAUAACGCUAGAAUCCGCAGGUACCAUUCAGGUAGGGACAAAGGGUGGAAAACUGAACGUGAGCAUGAACGGACACCCUCUUCUGGAAGAUAUACAGGUGAUGACUUUUUUAGAAAGAAAGAAUUGAAUAGAAGUGGGGGUCAGCAUGCUAAAAGUUCUCCCCGGUGGGAGGGUGGUCAACAGCGGAAUAUAAGGAUCAGUUCAAAGAUUGUAGACGAUGAAAAGAACGUACACAGCAAUGGUAAGGAUCAUACACGAGAUUACACUUCUGGAAGUCGCUUGAAGAGGCUUGGUAAUGAUUCUGACAGCAGUGAGCGGAAGCAUUCUGCUGAUUACGCCAGUUUGAAAAGUCGAAGGCUUUCUGAUGAUAGCUGUCGCCAUGUUUAUUCAGAGAACUAUUCUCGUCGCUCUGUGGAGCGGUCUUACAGAAACAAUACUUAUACAAAAUUAUCAGCAGACAAGUAUUCUUCUAGAAAUCAUGAAACUUCUUUGUCCAGCAGACCAACUUAUGACAGGCAUGGGCGCAGCCCUGGUCAUUCUGAGCGGUCCCCACGAGAUAGAGGCAGGUAUUAUGAUCAUAGAGAUCGCACCCCAGUGCGUCGAUCUCCCUGUGGUCGUGACAGAUCUCCAUAUAACCGGGAGAAAUCCCCCUAUGGUCGGGAUAGGUCCCCUUAUAUGAGGAACUGGGAUAGGAAUCGACAGCAUGAUCAGAAAUUGAGAAGUCCAGCCCGUGCUGAGCAGUCACCACCAGAUAGAAGUCGGCGUCAUGAUCGCAGGGAUUCUACCCCAAAUUUGGUAGAAUCAUCUCCCCUUGAUCGAACUAGGAAAGAUGGUAAUCGGGAAACAAGUCGUAAAACCUUGUCAAGCGAAAAGCAUAACUCCCAAAAUAGUUUUAAGGAUCAUGAAGAUAAGCACGUACAAAGGGAGUCAAAUUGUUCAAGUACAGAAUCUAAAGGUGAAAGAAAUGUGCAAGAUACCAGUGAGUCCAUGGAGAAAGACAUCUGCAAUCAGCCUCUAAAGGAACAGCAGAGCUGCAGCCCAACUGUUAGCUACAAAGAAUCCCCUCACUUUGAGCCACCUCCUGAGGAGCUACCUUCAAUGGAAGAAGAUAUGGACAUUUGUGACACCCCUCCGCAUGUCCCUGUGGUAACAGAUUUGUCAUCAGGGAAAUGGUAUUACCUUGAUUAUGGUGGUGUUGAAAAUGGACCUGCUAAAUUGUGUGACAUCAAGGUCCUUGUGGAUGAAGGUGUGAUGAUGUCAGAUCACUUUAUCAAGCACUUAGACAGUGACAGGUGGUUAACAGUUGAAAAUGCGGCGUCACCGUUGGCAUCUCAGAGCUUUCCAUCAAUUGUGGCGGAUACCAUAACUCAACUGGUAAAUCCUCCGGAAGCUCCUGGUAAUAUUUUGUCAGACACUGCAGAUAAUCUUCAAUCUGGUCCCGAGAAUCAUCAGGAAAUGCUAGCCUCCUCACAGCCACCACUGGUAUGCCCUAAUGACAGUGUGCUUACAUCUGAACUUUUGGAGGACCUCCACAUUGAUGAAAGAGUUAGAAAUCUGUUAGAGGGACAUGAUGUCACUCCCGGGAUGGAACUUGAGGCAAUAAAAGAGGCAUUGCAAAUGAAUUUUGAAAAUGCAAAAGGAGAGGGAUUGGGAGACUAUGAAGGUUUUCCUUGGAAUGUUUCCUGGGCAAGGGAAGAUUAUGAUUCAGGUACUGAUUUGGCAUCAGGAGAUUCUGAGUCUCAAUUAAGUAUGUCCUGUGAUAAGGAUAAUGGAUUUGCCUUUGGCAUUUCUGGUGACUGGUUUUCCUCCCGUUGGUCAUGCAAAGGUGGUGACUGGAAGAGGAAUGAUGAUGCCCAAGAUAGAUAUUCUAGGAAGAAACUUGUCCUGAAUAAUGGUUUUCCUUUAUGUCAAAUGCCAAAGUCUGGAUGUGAAGAUCCUCGUUGGCCUCAAAAGGACGACUUGUACUUUCCUUCUCAAAGCAGGAGGCUUGAUCUCCCUCUGUGGGCUUUCUGUGCUGAUGAGAGCAGAUCAGUUCAAUGUAAGCCUGCUUCUAUUAGAGGAGUGAAAGGCAAUGUUCUUUCGGUGGUCAGGAUUAAUGCAUGUGUAGUUAAGGACCAGGGAUCAUUGGUUUCUGAGCCACGCCAUAAGACCCGGGGCAAGGAUAGACAUCAUUCAAGGUCAACUCGGCCUUUCUCUUCAAACAGUGAUAGCAAGAGAUCCUCAACUGAACAAGAUUCUCAGUCAAAAUCUGUUAGCGAUCAAGGUUCUUGUCGUAGCAUGGAAUUCAUUAACAUUCCUAAAGACCAUCUCUGUACUAUCCAUGAAUUGCAGUUACAUUUGGGUGAUUGGUAUUAUCUUGAUGGUUCUGGGCGUGAAAGAGGGCCCUCAUCAUUUUCAGAGCUACAGUAUUUAGUUGAUCAAGGAAUCAUAAAAAAGCAUAGCAGUGUGUUCAGGAAAAGUGAUAGACUCUGGGUUCCUGUUAUUUCUGCAGCAGAAACUUCUGAUGGCAAUCUCACGAGCCACCAAGAAAGCAGUUCAAUAUCUGGUGCACGCUCUGGAUUUCCAUCAAAGCAAACUGAAGGCAUUUCAUGUGGGGAACCUUACACAUAUUCAAGUUUGUUUAACAGCUUACACCCUCAGUUUGUUGGUUAUACUCGUGGGAAGUUACAUGAACUGGUGAUGAAAUCAUACAAGAGCCGGGAGCUUGCUGCCGUUAUAAAUGAGGUGUUGGACCCUUGGAUCAAUGCAAGACAACCAAAGAAAGAAAUCGAGAAACAAAUAUAUUGGAAAUCAGAAGGUGAUGCACGUGCUGCCAAAAGAGCUCGGAUGCUGGUUGAUGAUAGCGAAGAAGAUAGUGAUUUUGACGAUGAAGAUGUUACUGUCGAUAAGGAUGAAUCCACUUUUGAUGAUCUAUGCGGUGACGCUACUUUCCCUGAAGUUGAUAUUACUGAUGACGUGGGAAGCUGGGGCCUAUUGGAUGGUUGUCUGCUAGCACGGAUCUUCCAUUUUCUGAGAUCUGAUUUGAAGUCCCUUGUUUUUGCAUCAAUUACUUGCAAACAUUGGAGAGCUGCUGUAACUUUUUAUAAAGAAGUGUCAAUGCAGGUCAAUCUGUCAUCCUUAGGUCAUUCCUGCACCGAUACCUUGUUGUGGAACAUUUUGAAUGCUUAUGAGAAAGAGAAGAUCAAUUCUAUAAUCUUAAGGGGUUGUAUCAAUAUUACGGCUGACAUGCUUGAGAAAGUUCUUCUCUCAUUUCCUGGUUUAUUUACAGUGGACAUUAGAGGGUGCAACCAGUUUAGUGAGCUGAUUCUUAAAUUUGCCAAUGUGAAAUGGAUCAAGAGCCGAUGUUCACACUUGACUAAAAUUGCAGAGGAGCCUCAUAAAAUUAGAAGCCUUAAACAUAUUACGGAGCAAACUUCAUCUGUUUCCAAAUCUAGCAGUUUAGGUAUAGAUGAUUUUGGUCAGUUGAAGGAUUAUUUUGAUAGUGUGGAUAAGAGAGACACCAAACAAUUGUUCCGCCAAAACUUAUACAAGCGGUCAAAAUUAUAUGAUGCUAGAAGGUCCUCUUCCAUUCUAUCUAGGGAUGCUCGUACAAGACGUUGGUCAAUUAAGAAAUCUGAAAGUAGUUAUAAGAGAAUGGAGGAAUUCCUUGCUUCAAGACUGAGGGAAAUUAUGAAAACAAACUCUUGUGAAUUUUUUGUGCCCAAGGUCGCAGAAAUUGAAGCUAAAAUGAGAACUGGUUAUUACAGUAGACGGGGGUUGAAUUCUGUCAAAGAGGACAUAAGUAGAAUGUGCCGUGAUGCUAUAAAAGUGAAGAAUCGGAGUGAUGCUAGUGAAAUGAAUCAUAUUAUCACAUUGUUUAUUCAGCUUGCUACACGGCUGGAAGAGAGUUCUAAAUUUGUUCACGACAGAAAUGCACUACUGAAAUCAUGUGAAAAUGACUCGCCUGCUGUCUCCUGCUCUACUUUCUCAAAGUAUAAGAAGAAUAGAUUUGUGAAUGAAAGGAAGUAUCGAAGUAAUGGAACACACAGUGGUCUGGAUAAUGCAGAAUAUACAUCUGAUGAUGAUCUUGAUAAGUCUUGUGAAGAUGGCAAGAGUGACAGUGAUACUACAACCUCUGACUCUGAAAGUGGUCAGUCAGAGAGUCUAAUUAGGGAGUCAAGAGGCGAUGGGUACUUUACAUCAGAGGAAGAGUUGGAUUUUAUAACUGAUGAUCGAGAGUGGGGUGCUCGCAUGACAAAAGCAAGCCUGGUUCCUCCAGUUACCAGGAAAUAUGAAGUCAUCGAUCAAUAUUGUAUUGUAGCUGAUGAGGAGGAUGUGAGAAGGAAAAUGCGGGUUUCAUUACCAGAUGACUAUGCUGAGAAGCUGAGUGCACAAAAGAAUGGAACUGAGGAGUCAGAUAUGGAACUUCCUGAAGUAAAAGAAUACAAACCUAGAAAGCAGCUAGGCAAUGAGGUUAUUGAGCAAGAAGUUUAUGGAAUUGAUCCUUAUACACAUAAUCUUUUGCUUGAUUCUAUGCCAGAGGAGUUAGAUUGGUCUCUUCAGGAGAAACAUUUGUUUAUAGAAGACAUGCUCCUUCGAACAUUGAAUAAGCAAGUUAGGAAUUUUACUGGAACUGGAAGCACACCAAUGAGCUACCCUUUGCGGCCUGUCAUUGAAGAUAUUAAAAGAUGUGCUGAGGAGGACUGUGAUGCAAGAAUGAUUAAAAUGUGUCAAGGUAUUCUGAAGGCCAUAGACAGUCGUCCAGAUGACAAAUAUGUAGCUUAUAGGAAGGGGCUUGGUGUUGUUUGCAACAAGGAAGAAGGCUUUGCUGAAGAUGAUUUUAUUGUCGAGUUUCUGGGAGAGGUUUAUCCUGUGUGGAAGUGGUUUGAGAAACAAGAUGGGAUUCGAUCUCUGCAGAAAGAUAGUAAAGAUCCUGCACCAGAAUUCUAUAACAUCUACCUUGAAAGGCCAAAGGGUGAUGCUGAUGGGUAUGAUUUAGUUGUCGUUGAUGCCAUGCACAAGGCUAAUUAUGCUAGUCGAAUAUGUCAUUCUUGCCGACCUAAUUGUGAAGCUAAAGUUACCGCUGUUGAUGGUCAAUAUCAAAUUGGUAUCUAUAAUGUUCGGAAAAUUCAACAUGGUGAAGAGAUUACUUUCGAUUACAAUUCUGUUACAGAGAGCAAGGAGGAGUAUGAAGCAUCAGUUUGUUUGUGUGGAAGCCAAGUAUGCCGGGGGAGCUAUCUGAAUCUGACUGGUGAAGGGGCUUUUCAAAAGGUUCUGAAGGACUCACAUGGAGUUCUUGAUCGGCAUUAUUUGAUGCUAGAAGCCUGUGAAUUAAACUCCGUGUCUGAAGAGGACUAUAAUGACCUGGGAAGAGCUGGUUUAGGCAGUUGCUUGCUUGGAGGCCUGCCAGAUUGGCUUGUUGCAUAUGCAGCCCGCCUUGUGAGAUUCAUCAAUUUUGAGAGAACUAAACUACCUGAAGAAAUUCUAAAGCAUAAUCUGGAAGAGAAGAGAAAAUAUUUUUCGGAUAUAUGUCUUGAAGUUGAAAGGAGUGAUGCUGAGGUUCAGGCUGAGGGUGUGUACAACCAAAGGCUUCAGAAUCUUGCUGUCACUCUUGAUAAGGUAAGGUAUGUUAUGAGAUGUAUUUUUGGUGAUCCACGUAAAGCACCCCCUCCCCUUGAGAAGCUCAGUCCCGAAGAAACUGUUUCCUUCAUCUGGAAAGGAGAGGGUUCAUUCGUUGGUGAGCUUCUUCAGUGCAUAGCACCUCAUGUUGAAGAAGACAUCUUGAAUGAUCUCGAGUCCAAAAUUCAUGCUCAUGAUCCCUCAAGUUCUGGAGAUAUUCAAAAGGAGCUUCGGAAAUCUCUGUUAUGGUUGAGGGACGAGGUCCAAAAUCUCGCUUGUACAUAUAAAUGUCGUCAUGAUGCUGCUGCUGACUUAAUCCAUAUUUAUGCUUAUACCAAGUACUUCUUUAGAAUACAGAAUUAUCAAACCAUUACUUCACCACCUGUCUAUAUCAGUCCACUUGACUUAGGUCCCAAGUACACUAACAAGUUGGGAGCAGAAUUUCAGGAGUAUCGGAAGAUGUAUGGUGAAAAUUAUUGUUUAGGGCAGCUGAUAUUUUGGCAUAAUCAGAGUAAUGCAGAUCCAGAUCGUAGCCUGGCUAGAGCCAGCAGGGGUUGCUUGUCUUUACCAGAUAUCAGUUCCUUUUAUGCCAAGGUUCAGAAGCCAUCACGGCAUUGUGUUUAUGGUCCAAGGACUGUCAGAUCUAUGUUGGCUAGAAUGGAGAAGCAGCCGCAGAGAUCUUGGCCCAAAGACCGGAUAUGGUCAUUCAAAAGUUCUCCAAAAUUCUUUGGUAGCCCGAUGUUAGAUGCUGUAAUAAAUAACUCUCCACUGGACAGGGAGAUGGUUCAUUGGUUGAAGCACAGACCUGCCACAAUCCAGGCCAUAUGGGACCGUUAAAUUUUUGCUUGGUUUGGGAGGGAAGCGGAAUGAACAUACACGGCAAAACACCUCUUAGACAUGGAGUGGUUCAUCGUUCAGAGCUGCCUGCCUGUUUUAGCGUGGGGGGUCUGUAAUUAUCAAUCCAAAGCUUCAUUCCUUGUACCACCUUUCAGUCAUUCUUGUGUACAGUUUUCUUGGCCAUUGAUUUGUAAUUCAUUUGAUUGUAGGGUAUUGUUUUACUCUUAUGUAAUAUGAAAUGAAAGUUAGGAAGAAAAAAGAAAGGUUAAUUCGAGUCAUUGGCGUCUUCUCGUCUUUAACUAAGGCAAGCUUUCUUUAUUAUGCUAAAACGUGGUGUAAUUUUCCCUAUGAGUGGUCCCAGAGUGAUGACUACGGAUAUUCGAAUUUGAGAUGAUGUGAGUUCGAUUUC